AAAAUGGCCCAGCUGCUGAUCAAGUUCCUGGAAAGAGAGCUGCAGCCGUCCUGCCAGGUGACCUGUUUGGAAAGCAUCCGCAUCCUGUCCCGGGACAAAUACUGCCUUGACCCUUUCACCACCAAGGAAGGCGUGAAGACCCUCUCCAGGCAUGCUGGCAUUGAUUACUCAGAGGAGCUCAUCCGGGAGGUCCCAGACUUGGAUGUAAUCCUGGAAUCCCUCAAAUGUCUCUGCAACGUUGUCUUCAGCAGCCCUAGGGCACAGGAGCUGACAGCUGAAGCCCGGCUGGUAGUGGGCCUGGCCAAGCGCAUCAAACUGUACAACGAGAGGAGUCUUCCUCACGAAGUGAAGUUCUUUGACCUGCGUCUCCUGUUCCUGCUGACGGCGCUGAGAGUGGACAUCCGGCAGCAGCUGGCCCAAGAGCUCAGGGGUAUCAGCCUGAUGACAGAUACCCUGGAGCUGACCCUUGGUGUAAAGUGGAUGGACCCCUAUGAAGUUGCCACCGAGGAGGGACUUCUCCCACCUUUGCCUCGGCAGGAGACAGAGCGAGCCAUGGAGAUCCUGAAAGUGCUCUUCAAUAUUACUUUUGAUUCCAGCAAGAGGGAGGUGGAUGAGGAAGAUGCUGCUUUGUACCGGCACUUGGGUGCCCUCCUGCGCCACUGCCUCAUGAUCUCUGCUGAUGGAGAGGAUCGGACAGAGGAGUUCCACAGUCAUACGGUUAACCUUUUGGGUAAUCUGCCCCUGAAAUGUCUGGAUGUCCUCCUGACCCCAAAAGUCCGUCCAGGCUCGCUUGAGUACAUGGGUGUCAACAUGGAUGCAGUCAGCAUCCUGCUGGAUUUCCUAGAGCGACGCCUUGACAGGGGACACAAGCUGAAGGAGAGUUUGACCCCUGUGCUGAACCUGCUGACUGAGAGUGCCCGAGUCCACCGCCAGACGAGGAAGUUCCUGAAGGCAAAGGUGCUGCCUCCACUCCGAGACGUGAAGAAUCGGCCAGAGGUGGGGAACUCUCUGCGGAACAAGCUGGUGCGUUUGAUGACCCACAUCGACACCGACGUGAAGCACUGCGCAGCCGAGUUCCUCUUUGUGCUCUGCAAAGAGAGCGUGUCGCGGUUUGUGAAGUACACGGGCUACGGGAAUGCAGCUGGGCUCCUGGCAGCACGAGGCCUCAUGGCUGGUGGUCGGGAAGAGGGAGAGUACUCAGAAGAUGAAGACACAGACACUGAGGAGUACAAAGAGGCAAAGCCCAACAUUAAUCCUGUGACAGGACGUGUCGAGGAGAAACUACCCAACCCCAUGGAAGGGAUGACCGAAGAGCAGAAGGAAUAUGAAGCCAUGAAGUUAGUCAACAUGUUUGACAAAUUGUCCAGAGAGCAAGUCAUUCAGCCCAUGGGCAUCACGCCGAGCGGCAACCUGGCCCCCAUGGAGAAUGCCAUCCGCGAUAUGGCUGAGGAGAGGUUGUCGUCCGACUCGGACCUGGGGCUGGACUGAUGCAGAGCUGGGGAGCCUCCAUCCACUCUCCCGCCAGAACUGGUGCUGCACCCAGAGGCUAUUACUGGGCCAGG